GCGGGGUGAAGGGUGAAGGCGCAAGGAUAGGCUGUGAUGGGUUUGGUUUUAUUUAUUAUUAGAUUUUAAUUUAAAAUAUAUUUAACUGAUCAUUCCAAACUGAUUAAAUUACAUAAGUAUGGCAGCUCAAGUAGAUACAGAAAAUUUCGAAACGAACGAAAUGGAAAAGUGUUAUGAAAAUUAUAUCCUUAUUGAUGUUGGUGCCAAUCUGACCAACAAGAAGUACAGCAGAGAUUUGGAUUCUGUGGUCCAGAGGGCAAAGGAUUCAGGUGUUCAGAAAAUAAUGGUCACAGGGACUUCAGUGAAAGCCAGUAAAGAGGCUCUUAGACUGACUAGAAUAUACCCAAACAUUUUGUAUUCAACAGCAGGGAUCCAUCCUCAUGAUGCCAAAUCUUAUACAGAAGAAUCCUGGAAUGAAUUAAGACUUAUAGCCAACAAUCCAGAAUGUGUAGCUAUUGGAGAGUGUGGUUUAGAUUAUAACAGAAAUUUUUCUGAACCUGAAGAUCAAAGACUAGUAUUUCGCAAACAUAUUGAACUUGCCAUUGAACUCAAUAAACCACUGUUUAUUCAUGAAAGAGAUGCUCAUGAUGACUUGAUGCUGGCAUUGGAAGAAUAUCAGACCAAAUUACCACCUGUAGUUGUGCAUUGUUUCACUGGUACUACUGGACAAGCUCUAGCAUAUCUAGAUAAAGGAUUUUAUAUAGGACUAACAGGUUACCUGUGUAAAGACAAAUCAGAUAGUGGAGUCAGAAAAUUAUUGGAAGAUGGUUCAAUACCACUGGAGAGGUUGGUGGUAGAAACAGAUGCACCAUUCAUGUAUCCAAAUACUCGUGCCUCAAAAUUGCCUAAUCAUGUCAAAGAAGGAUUAACUGAAAGAAUGCAGAUCUUCGUGAAGACAUUGACUGGUAAAACUAUCACCCUAGAGGUUGAACCUUCAGACACCAUUGAAAAUGUGAAGGCUAAGAUUCAAGACAAAGAAGGGAUUCCCCCAGACCAGCAGAGGUUGAUUUUUGCAGGCAAACAGUUGGAAGAUGGCCGCACUCUUUCUGAUUACAAUAUCCAGAAGGAAUCCACCCUCCACUUGGUACUACGUUUGAGAGGUGGUAUGCAGAUCUUUGUGAAGACUCUAACUGGCAAGACCAUCACUCUUGAAGUUGAGCCAUCUGACACCAUUGAGAAUGUCAAGGCAAAAAUCCAGGAUAAAGAAGGUAUUCCUCCAGACCAGCAAAGAUUGAUCUUCGCAGGAAAACAAUUGGAAGAUGGCCGCACCCUCUCUGACUACAACAUCCAGAAAGAGUCCACUCUCCAUUUGGUACUCCGUCUUAGAGGUGGUAUGCAAAUCUUCGUCAAAACCUUGACAGGCAAGACCAUCACUCUGGAAGUUGAGCCAUCUGACACCAUUGAAAAUGUAAAGGCCAAGAUCCAGGAUAAAGAAGGUAUUCCUCCAGACCAGCAGAGAUUAAUCUUUGCAGGAAAACAAUUGGAAGAUGGCCGCACCCUCUCUGAUUACAACAUCCAGAAAGAGUCCACUCUUCAUUUGGUACUCCGUCUUAGAGGGGGUAUGCAGAUUUUCGUCAAAACUCUGACUGGCAAAACCAUCACUCUGGAAGUUGAACCUUCUGACACUAUUGAAAAUGUCAAAGCAAAGAUCCAGGAUAAAGAAGGAAUUCCUCCAGACCAACAGAGGUUGAUCUUUGCUGGAAAACAAUUGGAAGAUGGCCGCACUCUUUCUGACUACAACAUCCAGAAAGAGUCCACCCUUCAUUUGGUACUCCGUCUUAGAGGUGGUAUGCAAAUCUUCGUAAAAACUUUGACCGGCAAGACCAUCACUCUGGAAGUUGAGCCAUCUGAUACCAUUGAAAAUGUAAAGGCCAAGAUCCAGGAUAAAGAAGGUAUUCCUCCAGACCAGCAGAGAUUAAUCUUUGCAGGAAAACAAUUGGAAGAUGGCCGCACCCUCUCUGAUUACAACAUACAGAAAGAGUCCACUCUUCAUUUGGUACUCCGUCUUAGAGGUGGUAUGCAGAUUUUCGUCAAAACUCUGACUGGCAAAACCAUCACUCUGGAAGUUGAACCUUCUGACACUAUUGAAAAUGUCAAAGCAAAGAUCCAGGAUAAAGAAGGAAUUCCUCCAGACCAACAGAGGUUGAUCUUUGCUGGAAAACAAUUGGAAGAUGGCCGCACUCUUUCUGACUACAACAUCCAGAAAGAGUCCACCCUUCAUUUGGUACUCCGUCUUAGAGGUGGUAUGCAGAUUUUCGUCAAAACUCUGACUGGUAAGACCAUCACCCUGGAAGUUGAACCAUCUGAUACCAUUGAAAAUGUGAAAGCCAAGAUCCAAGACAAAGAAGGAAUUCCCCCAGACCAGCAGAGGUUGAUCUUUGCUGGAAAGCAGUUGGAAGAUGGCCGCACCCUCUCUGAUUACAACAUCCAGAAAGAGUCCACCCUUCAUUUGGUACUCCGUCUUAGAGGUGGUAUGCAAAUCUUCGUAAAAACUUUGACCGGCAAGACCAUCACUCUGGAAGUUGAGCCAUCUGACACCAUUGAAAAUGUAAAGGCCAAGAUCCAGGAUAAAGAAGGUAUUCCUCCAGACCAGCAGAGAUUAAUCUUUGCAGGAAAACAAUUGGAAGAUGGCCGCACCCUCUCUGAUUACAACAUCCAGAAAGAGUCCACCCUUCAUUUGGUACUCCGUCUCAGAGGUGGUAUGCAGAUUUUCGUCAAAACUCUGACUGGGAAAACCAUCACUCUGGAAGUUGAACCUUCUGACACUAUUGAAAACGUCAAAGCAAAGAUCCAGGAUAAAGAAGGAAUUCCUCCAGACCAACAGAGGUUGAUCUUUGCUGGGAAACAAUUGGAAGAUGGCCGCACUCUUUCUGACUACAACAUCCAGAAAGAGUCCACCCUCCAUUUGGUACUCCGUCUCAGAGGUGGUAUGCAAAUCUUCGUGAAAACUUUGACCGGCAAGACCAUCACCCUGGAAGUUGAACCAUCUGAUACCAUUGAGAAUGUAAAGGCCAAGAUCCAGGAUAAAGAAGGAAUUCCUCCAGACCAGCAGAGGUUGAUUUUUGCAGGAAAACAAUUGGAAGAUGGCCGUACCCUUUCCGACUACAACAUCCAGAAGGAAUCUACUCUCCACUUGGUUCUCCGUCUUCGAGGUGGUAUGCAGAUUUUCGUCAAAACUCUGACUGGUAAGACCAUCACCCUGGAAGUUGAACCAUCUGAUACCAUUGAAAAUGUGAAAGCCAAGAUCCAAGACAAAGAAGGCAUUCCCCCAGACCAGCAGAGGUUGAUCUUUGCUGGAAAGCAGUUGGAAGAUGGCCGUACUCUGUCCGACUACAACAUUCAGAAAGAGUCCACCCUCCAUUUGGUACUACGUCUGAGAGGCGGUAUGCAGAUCUUUGUGAAGACUUUAACUGGCAAGACCAUCACUCUUGAAGUUGAGCCAUCAGACACCAUCGAGAAUGUUAAAGCUAAGAUCCAAGACAAAGAAGGCAUUCCCCCAGACCAGCAGAGGUUGAUCUUUGCUGGAAAGCAGUUGGAAGAUGGCCGUACUCUGUCCGACUACAAUAUCCAGAAAGAAUCCACUCUCCACUUAGUUCUCCGACUUAGAGGUGGUAUGCAGAUUUUUGUCAAAACUUUGACCGGCAAGACCAUAACACUGGAAGUUGAGCCAUCAGACACCAUCGAGAAUGUUAAAGCAAAGAUCCAAGACAAAGAAGGCAUUCCGCCAGACCAGCAGAGGUUGAUCUUUGCUGGAAAGCAGUUGGAAGAUGGCCGUACUCUGUCCGACUACAACAUUCAGAAAGAGUCCACCCUCCAUUUGGUACUACGUCUGAGAGGCGGUAUGCAGAUCUUUGUGAAGACUUUAACUGGCAAGACCAUCACUCUUGAAGUUGAGCUAUCAGACACCAUCGAGAAUGUUAAAGCUAAGAUCCAAGACAAAGAAGGCAUUCCCCCAGACCAACAGAGGUUGAUCUUCGCCGGAAAACAAUUGGAAGAUGGCCGUACCCUUUCUGACUACAAUAUUCAAAAAGAGUCAACCCUCCAAUUAGGACUUCGUUCUAGAGGAGGCAGCUUAUAGGUUUUUUUGGAUUCUAAUCUCAUUACUGAAUUUUAUAGACUGUUUUUUUAAGAUGAUUAAAACUCAAUAAAUUGAAUAUGUAAUAC